UCGCGCGCCAGCCGCUCCCUUCCUGUGCCACCGGCGGGGAACCUGCCGCGGCGCGGCUCCCUCGGCGGGGAGGGACCGGGCCGGCCGGCGGUGGGCAGGGACGGCGGGAGGCGAUCGCCUUAAUAACGCAUACACCGCGCCGGGCGGCAACCACCGGCGCGCCCCGUCCAUGCCCGCGGAGAGACCGCCACCCGCGCAGCGCUGCCCUCGCUGCCGCCCCGGCUCCGGCCGCCGGCGGGCGGGCACCCCGGCGCAGCCCCUCUCUUCUCGCCGCCGCGGAGCGGAGCCCGGCAUGGCGCGGCGCGGCCGCUUCCAGCGCCUCUUCGGCCGCAGCGAGUCCGAAGACUCGGAGCCCGAAGGGGCGGCCGCCUCCCCCCGCCGCCGGCCCCUCUCCGCCGCGCCCAAGCGGCGCUCCGCGUUCCCUCAGUGGCGCCCGAAGAGAAAGGAGCCGCAGCCGCCCGCCCGCGGCACGACGCCCGCCGCGCCCCUCGGCAUCCAGGAGCCGCCGCCGCUGAGGUACUACGAUAUAUCAGGCACACGCUAUACCGUUCAAGAAAGCCAACUACCAUCAGUAAUCUGUCCACACUCUUACGUUCUUCCAUCAAUAUCAAUGUCUACCGCCUCAUUACCAGCAGCAUUUAAAAAGUCCUCCUCACAAUUUCCAGAUUGUUCCAGAGAAGAGCAUAAAAAGAAACCGGUUUUGGAAAGACUUGGAAAUUUGUUUGGUACGGGGAGAAGGAAGAAUGUCAAGAGUUCAUUAGAACACACAUCUCAUUGGAAAGGAGAGAGAUCGGUUUCGCCUCACACAGCUCAGCCCAUUUACUGUAAACAUACACAGCAAGGUCCUGAAUCUCCUCCAGUACAGAAGCAAGUGAGAAAUACGAGUGUCGUUCCUGAGACACAGGAGUACAGUUUCAGUGGGGAAGUAGGACCUCUGUACCACGACACCAUUUCAGAAUGGAGUGGUCGAGGAGUCUCCUCUGACAGCGAGUGGUCACCAGACUGGAGCAGCAGCAGUGAAACAAUUAAAAACUCUUUCUUUGAGAGUAGCUUGAAUGUGGACACCCGGGAACCAGAGAAGGGGUCUGUCACAGAUAUAAAUAAUUCCACCACUCCAGAUUUUAUAAAAAGCUUGAGGAGUUUGUCUAGCGAAGACUUAGAAAAGAGUAUCUUAAGCCACAAGCAUCUGGUGAACACGUGGGUGUCUGAGGAGCCCGGGCAUGCAAAGCCAAAGGAUUUGCCAUACAAGCUGGAAACUCUAGCAAGUGAACACCCACAGCCUGCUAGAGUGCUAACAGUUGAUAUUUAUCUUAGAAAAACAGACGAACUCCUUAAUGAACCCGUGACUGUUAUAUCGGAAGAAAAUUGUGGUGACUCAGACACAAUGGAUAAGAAAUCUUCUAGUAAAAGGUCUGGGAAAAGGAGGAAGUCUCAGUCAUCCAGUGACGUUCCAAAUGGAGAGAGAAACCAGACUGAGAAUACCGCAAGAGAAGAUUCUGUUUUUGAGGACGAUGCGUCUUCUGAGGGGGUUCCAGACAAGGUAAUAACCUCUGAAAGAAAACUGAAGUCUCCUCAGCAGACUCCUGAACGGAAUUCCUUUUCUUCAGGAAAUAAUCCGGAACUAAAACCUGGAUCUGCUCACAAAGGCACGUCCAAGACUGAAGCUGACAAAGGUAAACAGCAAGCCUCAACCACAACCCCUGCAAGGAGAAGAUCUUAUAAAAAGAAUCAGUUGGAUGCUGUUCCUACUUCCCCCACUGGUUUGAAGAGUCAGAUGAAAGAUUACUCCUCCAAAAGGCAACCUUUAGCGUCAACAGAGAGUAACACAAUGACAAAAAGAACUUUGCAGGAAAAAGGGGAAGAUAGCUUGGAGUCUUCCAAAGUCUCAUUGGCCGAUAAAGCAGAAGACAACACCGUGGUGUUUGCUGAAGGCAGAAAUGAAACCAAGACAGACAAGCAUGGUAAUGAUUCUGAUGGAAGAGCUUUCUUGCGUACUGAUAAGAUUAAAAAUGGAGACCUAUGUAUGCCAGCUGAGAGACAGACGAGUUCUGAUUUAGACAGCUUGAAGCUGAAGAGUUUGGAUGCUUCCAGAAUAGUCACAACAAAAAUUAGCCUUACAGAGACUGAAAAGAAUCUGGGCAGAUGUCUUCAAAACUUGUUGGAGAGUCCAGCCAAACCGAAGAAUGUAGAGCUGAAUUUUAAAGCGCCUGCAAAUCAAGACAGCUUAGAAAGUGAGCAGGAUACUCUUGAAAAACCAGUUAAUAAAACUAACAACAGCAUUGCCAACAAAAUUUCCUUGUUUGAAAAUAAAUGUGCCAAUCAGAGCCAGAGGCCUACUGAUAUCUCUGCUUCAAAAAAUAGUACUGUACCAAGCACGUUUGUUGGUAGAGCAAAGCUGAUAUUUGGAAAACAACCUAAGGAAAGUGAGCAGCCUGAUAAAACAUUAAAUAAACAAAACAGUCGCCAGAAGUUAUUUGAGAAUGGCACAGCAGAGAAAGAUAGCACUGCAGAAUUAAAAGGCAAAAAUGAAGAAGGCUCUGCAUCUUCCGAGGACGUCGGGAAAGGAACAGAGCUUAAAGUAAAAGCUGCAAUAUCCCUUUUUAACCAAAGCAGCAAAAUUGAUGCCAGUGGUGCCUCUCUGAAGCAACCUGAUCCAGAAUUAAGUGCAGUUAAAAAGGAAAGUUCUCCUUUUAAACCGUCUUUGCACUCGCCUGUUAAAAGUGAAAGUGUUCAUGAUAUUUCCUACCAUCAAAAUAACACAAGCUCAGAACUCCAUAGAAAUGAAGAGAAGGUACCGCCAGACACAGAGGUCUUAUCAGCCUGUAAUGGUGAUAAAUAUCCUCUACAGUCUCAUCAGCUUUGUAGACCAGAAUCUCAGAAGGUGGAAAAUGGUGAUAAAAAUGCAAAGCUGGGAGAUUUGACCUCUGCAUCACAGCAGUAUGAUGAUGGCAGUCUUGAUGGUAUAUUGGUGUCGGAGCACAGCAGUAAUACUCCAGAGAGCCCAGGCAAAACUUGUAAUGGCUCUGCUGAAGACGAUGCUGUUUUUGAUUCUCCAACCGACAUGAAGAAGUUUGCUGAAACAAUAAAAAACUUGGACAGCUCAGUUUGUUUACCACAGAAGAAGAAAAGGUCAAAGCUUCCCAAGUCUCCAGCACCCCACUUUGCAAUGCCUCCGAUUCACGAAGACAACUUAGAGAAAGUAUUUGAUCCUAGUGUAUUUACCUUCGGUUUGGGACUGAGAAGGGAAAAAGCACAGGAUCUGUUACCAACCCAACAAAUGAAAAUACAAAGUCUGGAAACUAUAGCCAGAGUCAGGCCCAAACGUGCAUCAACAGAGCAAAGUAUAAUAUUCAAAGCCCUUCAGUCAUGUAAUAGAGAGGAACCUUCCUUUACUCAGGAAAUAAAUGGAAAAGAGAACGCGGAUGGUACAGAUGGUGAAGUUAAGAGAUCCCGUCUGGAAAAAAGCUCACUCUUCUCGAGUUUGCUGUCAUCUACUUCUAAAGAAAAGUUUCUUAAUCCUUCUGUGACCUCAGUAAAUAACACAGCUUUUAUGGCAGACUCCUCAGGGAUACCUUCUUUACAACAGGAUGCUUCUGGGCCAUUCAGCCUGCCUCAAAAACCUGAGUCUCUUUCAGAUAUGAAGUUUCCAAGUUAUAUGGAGAAGUACAUACAAGCAGAUAGUGCAAAAAAAGAGCUAACUUUACAAAUGCCUAACUAUGGGAACCCAGAAAAAAAUUUUUCCAGCUGGUUAGGGGCAAACAGAUAUGAAUCAAAUGUCCCCACUGGUUUAUUAGAUGUAGAUACACUUUCAAGAAAUGGGCAAAGUAAAAUCAAUCCCAGGCCUGGGAAGCUGGUGAUAUAUUGUGAAUCAGACAAUCAAGAGAAUGUUAUUGAAGUUUUCCACGAUGUUCUGGAUUGCAGUUCUUGGGUUCUGUCACCGACAAUCUUAGUUAAAGUUAUCAGAGGAUGCUGGAUACUCUAUGAAAAACCAAAUUUUGAAGGUCCCUCUAUUCCUCUGGAAGAAGGAGAACUGGAACUCCCAGAUAUUUGGGGUGCAGGUGAAGAGCAAAAUGAAAGUGGGUCGCUAAAGCCUGCGGUGAUUGGUUCAAUAAGACAUGUUGUUAAGGAUUACAGGGUCAGUCAAAUCGAUUUGUAUACAGAACCUGAAGGGCUUGGAAUUGUGACUUCCUUUUUUGACGACACAGAGGAAACAGGGGUGUUUGGCAGCACUCAGAAGACUUGUUCUAUCAAAGUACACUGGGGCAUAUGGCUAAUUUAUGAAGAACCCGGUUUCCAGGGAGUCCCAUUAAUGUUGGAGCCUGGUGAAUAUCCCAAUUUAGCUUUCUGGGAGAAGAAGGAAGCCUACAUUAGGUCUAUGAGGCCUUUGAAAAUGGGUGGCCGCAAAGUAGAAUGUCCUGGAGACCCAAAGGUAAUCAUUUAUGAGAAGCCUUUCUUUGAAGGGAGACAUGUGGAAGUAGAAUCAGAGAUCUUUAGGCUCAGUGAGAAGGAAUCAGAAGAAAAGACACAACUUUCGCUUACAUCAGUGGGAUCCAUCAAAGUACUGGGAGGAGUUUGGGUCGCAUAUGAAAAGCCUGGGUUUGAAGGCCACCAGUAUUUACUGGAAGAAGGAGAAUAUCGGGACUGGACAGACUGGGGUGGCUAUGAUGAAGAGCUGCAGUCACUGAGACCUAUUGUUGGUGACUUUACAAGCUCACAUAUGAUAAUGUACAGUGAAAAAGACUUUGGAUCAAAAGGUUCCAACAUUAAUGUAUUAGGAAUUGUUUCCAAUUUGAAAGACACUGGAUAUGGGCUGAGAACGCAAUCUAUAAAUGUGCUAAGUGGCGUGUGGGUGGCUUAUGAGAAUCCUGAGUUUACAGGGGAGCAGUACAUACUGGAUAAAGGACUAUAUCCCAGCAUUGAGGCAUGGGGUGGGAAGAAUUGCAAAAUAUCUUCAGUUCAACCCAUUGUUAUGGAUAUUGGUGGAAGUGAAAGGGGUAAAGUCAAGGUCCAGUUAUUUUCAGAGCCUGAAUUCAAGGGUAACUGUCAAAUACUUGAAAAAGACACAGGAUGUAUUGAUUCAUUUACUGUGAAGUCUUCAAAAGUUUUAGGUGGCAGCUGCAUAAUUUUUGACCAGGAAGAAUUCUCUGGUAACCAGCAUGUGUUAGAAGAGGGAGUCUAUCCAGAUUUGAUGGCAAUGGGGUGUUCGUCCCAAGCAUCUCUAAAAUCUUUACGGAUUAUAAAUAUAGAGCUGUCAGAGCCAUGCAUAGCUCUUUUUGAAAAGGUGGGUUUCCAAGGAAAAAAAAUCGAAUUCACUACAGAAGUCUUAAAUCUCCAGUUCCUGGGAUAUAAUCCUCGAAUAGCUUCAGUACAAGUCCUUGGUGGCACAUGGAUAAUUUAUGAGCAUAGUAAUUACAGGGGACGUCAGAUAUUGCUGUCACCAAAUGAAAUUCCAGAUUGGUACAAACUGAGUGGCUGCUGUCAGAUAGGUUCUCUGAGACCUUUACUGCAGAAGCGUGUGUACUUCAGGCUUCGGAACAAGGAAACAGGAAAGUUCAUGUCAACUGAUGGAAACUUGGACAAUUUGAAUCUUCUCAGAAUACAGGCUACAGAAGAUGUAGAGGCAGAUGAUCAAAUCUGGGUUUAUCAGGAUGGAUUCAUAAGAUGCCGGAUGGCAGAGGAUUGCUGCUUGACAAUCGUUGGGAAUCUUAUAACUCCUGGCUCUAAACUCGGUCUGUCGUUUGAGCGGAAUGAAGACAAACAGUAUUGGCAUAUUAGUCCCGAUGGCAGGAUUUACAGCAAGAUGAAACCUAAGCUGGUUUUAGAUAUCAAAGGGGGCACACAAUACGAUUGUGAUCACGUCGUUGUCAACGCAGUCAACGAAGGAAAGUUAACACAGUGCUGGGAACCAGUGGUUGUGUAAUUCCAAAUGAGGAAGGUGAUGUCUGAAUUGGGCACUGUUCUGGACAUUGGAAGCACUGCCAGCUUUGAAGGAUGGAUGAUCAAGAGUUCUGUCUUUUCAGCUUUACAAAGAACAAGCAACAGAAUGAUUUCAUAUCUGUCUCUCUACCGAACAUUAUGAUCCCUAUCAAAGCUUGGGUAUCUCUCAACCUUCUUUUAAAUCAUUGCAACUCUGUGAGAUAGAGAACGGUAGCAUGCUUCAGACUAGAGGGAAGAACCAGAGGUGGGAGAGGCCCCAGAGAUAAAACCAGAUCAGUGAGUACUGAAUCCAGAACAGUCAAGAUGUGUAACUUUAAAUUAUUUUUAAAGGUGGUUUUUUGUUUGUUUGUUUGUUUGUUUUUAAACUAAGGGCUAAAAUAAUUAAAGCUUAUUUUAAUACAGGACAGGAGUGCAAUGUGUAUACGGUAUAGCAAUUUAGGCCUGUUGGCUGAUAGCAUAGAGGAAUAUUCACUACUGAAAACUUAAUAUAUUUGUCUUACUGUAACAAACUUAUGUUUACUGAAAGCUUAAGACCACUAGCAAACAGCAGAUCCAAGGAAUUUUUAACAUGUGGUUUCAAAUCUAGUUAGUAUGCUAAAGUAGUAAGUCCUAAAUUAAGAAGAAAAAUAAUCUAGAUUUGCUCAUGUAGAGGGAGGAUAUAAAUGAGUAGAUGAUUGUUAGAUAAAGAGAGGGUUGACAAAAUAACUUAUCAGAAUGUGAAGAACUUGCCUGCCCAUUUCCUAAGCUGCCUAAUUUUUUUUGUUACAUAUAUUUUACUUCUUUGCCAAGACAAAUUUUAUCUUUUAAAAUAGCUCCAGUAAGUGCAGUCUUCUUGAACUCUAGAAUCAUUUCUUAUAUAGAAAAAAAAAAAAAAAAAGAAUUCUUAAGAAAACUGUCAACCAUGACUGCGAAAGCAUCUAAGCACCCUGGUUACCAAGCCUUUUAACCACCAACUUUUGGCCUAUGCUCUGGCUUGCUGUGGAGAAUGCCAGGCUCCCUGGGAUUUUGGGUGGUGCUGCAGAGCAAUGGCAGUGUUGUUUGUUCUGUUACCCUGCUCUGAACCUGUGUUAGUUUUCCAUAAUAAUAUUGGCAGAAAAGUAAAAUAUGAAAAAACUUUUGUACUAUGCUGCUGUGUUUUGUUCUGGCUUAGCUCAGUGUUAUUACACGCUGCACCUAGGAGCACCCAGGCCUUUGUCUUGCACAGUAAGUCUGUUCAAAAGUAACAUUUUCAUUACUAUUGUGUUGCCUCAAAGGACGCUGGUGCUUGAGUUGUCACCACCCCAGAGGAAGUGCCUUACUAAUUUUCCUCCUCCUGUACAGAAGUACUGAAGUUUCAUUGCUCUGAAAUGUGCUGCUUUUAGUUCUUCAUAGAAAAUAUGUUGUUAUUGGUUCCAAACGGUACUUUGUCAUACCAGCGUGCUCUUGCUAUAUAUAAUAUAGCAUUUUACAAAUAAAUAUAAGUUAAAUAACAACUUA